CAGACUAAGGACUUACAAUGACGCUGAAGGUCAAGCUGAGCUCAGUUUGCCUGGGUGUAGAGGGGAUGACCUGUGCUUCCUGUGUUCAGUCUAUUGAGCAGCGCAUUGGGGGUCUUCCUGGAGUCGUACACAUCAAGGUGUCUCUGGAGCUGAAGAAUGCCAGCAUCAUCUUCGACCACAGUCAUCACACCCCAGAGUCCCUGGCGGAGGCCGUGGAGGACAUGGGGUUUGACUCCAUCCUCUCAGACACUACCACAGCCUCCGUGGUCCUCACGGAGACCCAGCUGGUCCCCAUCCCAGCCCUUCUCACCCCUGAAGCCCAACAGGAGGCUCUGACGAGGCUAGCUCAGCUCCAGGCGGUCCUGGAGGUCCAGGAGAACAAGGACCAGAGGGGGGUGUCCGUUACCUUCAUCCCUUCCCUGAUCAGUGUAGUGCAGCUGGGGGAGGUGGUUAGUAGCAUGGCCCCCCUCCUGGAGGUCCCUACAUCCAAUAGCCCUACAGAGGAAACUCUUGUCCCAGCUCCUGCCACAGUGUCAGCCCCGGCCACAUCCUCACAGCCUCAGCUGGUGAAGAUGCGGAUCGAGGGCAUGGUCUGUCUGUCCUGCACCACCACCAUCGAAGGGAAGAUUGGCAAGCUCAAAGGAGUUGAGAAAAUCAAAGGUUACUUUGUAAUUGCGUAGUAGUCAGCCGUUUUACACUGAAGGCCAUUAUCAUUUGAUCGUGACUCAAUGAGUUCUGAUCAAGUGUAGUGCUGAUCUUGCUAAAGGUUCAAUGCAGCCAUUUCAAUAUCAAAUCAUUUCUUGGUAACAAUGAAGUACUUUACUUUGAUUGUUUUCAAUUAAAAUGGUCAAAAAGAAACAGAAAUAGCUUCUUAGCAAAGAGCAAUUUCUCAAGCAAGAAUUUAGCUAGGAUUGUCUGGGAGUGGUCUGAGUGGGGAGAGGAAAACUAGCUGUUAUUGGCAGAGAUGUUGAACUCUCUUAUUAGUCUUUUAACUACACUGAACAAAAAUAUAAACUCAACAUGUAAAGUUGUUUCAUGAGUUGAAAUAAAAGAGAAGCUGGGGAC